CCAAGAUGGCGCCGAAAGCGAAGAAGGAAGCUCCUGCCCCUCCCAAAGCCGAAGUCAAAGGGAAGGCCUUGAAAGCUAAGAAGGCAGUGCUGAAAGGUGUCGACAGCCACAAAAAGAAGAUCCGAACGUCACCCACUUUCAGGCGGCCCAAGACCCUGCGGCUCCGGAGGCAGCCAAAAUAUCCUCGGAAGGGUGCACCCAGGAGAAACAAACUUGACCACUAUGCUAUCAUCAAAUUCCCACUGACCACCGAGUCAGCCAUGAAGAAAAUAGAGGACAACAACACGCUUGUGUUCGUUGUGGAUGUUAAGGCCAACAAGCACCAGAUCAAACAGGCCCUGAAGAAACUCUAUGACAUUGACGUGGCCAAAGUCAAUACUCUGACUUUCGCAGUAGGCCUGACGGAGAGAAUAAGGCGUAUGUUCGCUUGGCUCCUGAUUAUGACGCUCUAGAUGUUGCCAACAAGAUUGGGAUCAUCUAAAGUGAGUCCAGAUGGUUAAUUCUAAAUAUAUACU